UGUGACCCGCCUCUACCGCAACAAACGAUUAGACGAUUACCAGCCUCCGAAUUUGACACUAAACUCAUCAAGAGUCUAAAGAAUGAACUUUAAAUGAAACAAAUCCUCUAAAUUCGUCGUUCGCUCCGACUCAACAUUCGUUGUGGGGCGGAAAGAACAAUGUUGUGGUCAUCGUCUCCUGUGCUCUACUUCAUCCUAGCUAGCGUUCACGUGACGUUCGCCGCGAAAGCGAUACCGAAGCGGCGUUUCAAGUUGACCGACGAUGACGCGAGCCCAGCGGGUUUGGAGCCCCACGACAACUUGGUGGAGCGGAGACGCUACGGAGAACUGGAACCGGGAGAACCGGCUGCAGCGUUCACGGUGCCGACUCUGAAUGGGGACUUUGUGUACCGGCCGGGAGAACCGAGUUGGGUGGGGGUCUCGCUGGUCAUCCACGCGUUUACCAACAAGUCCGCUUUUCUCGAGUGUUUGUGGAACUCCUCGGCGUCCUUGGCCAGCCUCGUCCAGGAGCUGCCGAGCAGCACUCACCUGCUCUUCCUCUCCCUGGACGACUCUGCGGCCACGGACGCGCUCUGGAUGCGGGAAAGGCUGCUCGACGCCGCCAAUAAGCACGGUCAAAAAGAGGUUUUGUCCAGACUUCAUGUGUCUCCGGUGCCGGUGUUUGCUGUUGGCAACUGGAUCGCCAGCGUCUUGUACUCCUGGGCCUGCAAGGGGCACAACUGCGGCCUAGCCCAGGCGGUGUUCACUUCCGAGGGAUGGGAUGUGCCCGUGAUCGCCAAGCGACUGGACGCAAGAUACGACUGGCUGAGCGCUCGCUGGGCUCAAACGAGGUACAAGGUGAAGGACGCGGGGGAUGGCUGCGAGCCGUCGUCGUCUGUGGAAGGUGCUGUAGCCUGGCUGUCAGAGGGGAACUGCUCAUUCUUCACUAAGGUCCAAAAUAUGGCCAAGUCCAAUGCCUCUGGCGUGCUGGUCUACGCCUUGGCAGGAAACUCCAUCCAGGACAUGAACUGCGUGGACGCUGAGUGUCUCACGCCACUCGGCCUGCCCGCAGCCAUGGUGCACAUCCAGCCGGCCGUCGCCCGUGCACUCAGGUCAGGUCUGGCAGUGAGCGUGUCUUUCCAGACCACCCCAUCUCCCAACUUCUUCAUCGGUAUUGACCAGCAAGGGGCGCUGGCCGAAUUGGGCUGGUUCCUCUACCCCUCCUUCAGCUUUGUCAACUGGCAGGCGCAGUGGUUUGACUUUUCCACAGCUCUGCAGCUGAAAUUGGAAUCUCCCGCAACCGUGGUGACCGUCUUUGACAAAGUACAAAUGCAAGGAGACAAAGGAGCCGUGGCUGAUGUUAACAUGCCGCCAGACUUGUCAACGUUUGACACGCUGAGGCUGGACGCGUCGCUGUCGUGUCCCGGCGGCAGAGACGCCUCAUGUCCUAAGUGGGAUCACACGGUUCAACUUUUCGUCUGCUGCGAUCACCUCGGACCUUACUGCCACGUCGAGCUGGGACGCUGGAUCACCGCUUUCCGAAGAAGAAUCGGUCGCUGGCAGACAGACGUGUCACCCCUCCUUCCGGUACUGGACGCCGGCGUUUGUCGCUUCACCAUGAAGACGGUUCCGUGGGCCAUGCCCUGGAUGGUUUCCCUCAACCUGAGGUUCAGCGUCGCCAACCUGACGGGAGAGAAGCUCCGCCCCUUCCGAGUGAUGUCACUGUAUGACGGCGGGACCUUCGACAAGUCGUACAACCUGCGCUACCCUUCCAUCAAGUUCCCCGUGCCUGCCUCUGCCAAAAAGGUGGAGCUCUACGGCGUCAUCACGGGACACGGUAGCGACGACAACGGAUGCGGAGAGUUUUGCGUCACCUCGCACCACUUCCUGGUCAACGGCGUGUACAACAACACGCGAUCCUUUGACUCUGCGGGAUCUGCGCUGGGCUGCACCGAGCACGUGAAGGAGGGCGCCGUGCCCAACGAGCACGGCUCGUGGCUGUACGGCCGCGGCGGAUGGUGUGACGGACUGCAGGUGGACCCCUGGAGGCUUGACGUCACUGCGCAGUUGGAUGUUAGCGGUCAGGCAUCCAACACGGUUUGUUACUUCGGUCUGUUCAACGGGAAGGAUCCGGACCCGACUCAGCAGCCGGGUUAUAUCGUCAUGUCGUCCUUCCUCGUCUUCUACAAAUGAAAGCCAAAAACGUCCUCCUUCAAAAUGAAAUAACAAUUAAUUUAUCUCCUGUUCUUAGCGACUGUAAUUUAUAGUUGUUAUUUUUCAUAAUGAGAAAAUCAAUUUAAAGAUUUGACUUUGCACUGAUAGAUUUUCCAUAUGUAGUAAAUUUUGAAAAGUAUUUGAAAACAAACUAAAUUUUUUUUGCUUCAUUUGUCAUUUUAAAUGACUAAUUUCCUGCCCAUCGCAACUUUAAUCAAGUAAUUAACUUUAAUUCAAAUUUUAAAUUAGUUUUCAUUUUAAUUCACCUUGAUGUAGUGUCAAAAUUAAAUGAGUAUAAAGUCACUAUCAAUUAAUUAAAAUGUAAAUGACG